GCUUGGUGUUCUCCUUGCACAUUUUCAUAUCAAGACUUGAUAUAGCACACGUGAACUGCCUCGGAGAGAAAUUACCAAGGGUAGUGAGCGUGCUUUGGCGUCCUCAUUGACUGUUGUUUUUGGAGGACGCGUAGUUUGCAACGAUGGGCGAUAGAUGGGAUCAUGAUCGGCGAGAUACACGUGCGGGAAGCGAAGAGCGUGGAAAUAGUCGAAGCUCCGAUCGAAACUAUGAGCGAGGUGGGGAUCGAUAUUAUCGACGUUCAUCGCCAAGGUGCUUUACCUGUAACGAGCGUGGCCAUUUUGCAAAUCAGUGCAGAAAUCGCCGGCGUGCAACUGAAGGGCGCCUGUCAACUUCCUACGAUGCGCCAGGAGGACAUUUGACAUCUCCUCAGAGGUCUAAAAAGACUGAGCUAGGCCAAUCGUCGGCACAGGCUCCUGAACUGCAGCGUCAGAUCGAAGAGCUAGGAAAGAAUCUAGCAUCGGUAUCAGAGUUCGUCCAGAACGAAAUGGCGAAGAAGGUGGAAGAGGAACGCAUGAAGAAGGAAGAAGAGGAGGAAGAGCAACGAAAGGCACAUGAGAGAAUGAAACGAGAGAAGAAGGAUCGGAAGAGGAUGGAGAUGUUACGAAAAGAAGAGGAACGUGUUGCUGAAAUUGAGAAGCGAGUGGAACUGCGGGUGGCGAUUAAGACUGGCGAGUUUUUCGAUCGGAUGGAAGCGAACUUUGGACCUGUUAUUACUAUGGCUCGUAAGAAGAAAGGCAAGAAGCAAGUUGUAUGCGUGUCUGACCAAGGCUCAAGUUCUGAAAGCGGAAGUGGGGAGAAGUCUACUAGGGAGAUUAGAUCGAAGGCAAAGAAACUCGUGAUUAGCGAGAAACGCAUUGCCAAGAGAGGACUGGAGAUGGUCUUUGAAGGCAGCCCUGCGAAGUGGGCGCCGAGGACGGCAAAGCACAAAGUAGCUACAGGCACAAUACGGGUUACCUGUUCGAAGGCGAAAGUCAAGUUAAACUCUCCCCGUACAUGGAGAAAGCGAAGAAAAGUCCGGGUGAGCAUGGUACGAUAGCUAAACUUCGUCACCGAAAUC